AUGAUGGAAAGGAUUGGCUCCUCCACUCAACCCGCCGGCCGCGGACUGCCGGAAAACCCAGCCCAAGGACGACGCUUACCGAUGCCUGCGCCAACCGUUCCUGUCCCUCCCAUACCGCUGUCAUACGCGACGUCCAAUCUGGCGUCCAGCGCGAACAUCGCCCUGCCCCCACCGCUGCCCCCACCCCUUAUGGCGCCCCGAAGCAGCAGCUCGAGCCUGACGGCUUCGGCUCCUAUCUCGCCCAGUCAGGUCAUUGUAUUGGCACGCGAGGCCAUGAAGGAGGCGCUGCGGCACAGUGACCAGCAAGCGGGUGAAGAUGGCGGUGUCAGCAACGAGCUCGCACCCGGUCUCACGAUCGACCUCAGCCGGAAGAACAUCCAGAGACUCCCCGACGAGGUGGUGGAUAUCAUCAUGAACAAGCUGGAACGUCUCGCCCUGUCCCAUAACAAGCUGUCGGCCUUUCCGGCGCGGUUCUCCGAGUGCUCGUCGCUACGGUACCUCAAUGUUCGCGAGAACGACAUUCGGGAGUUCCCCUUGCCGUUGUGCGACCUUCGCUCGCUGGAAAUCCUUGAUUUGGGCCGCAAUAAACUCCGAGUACUACCUCCGGAAAUCGUCAAGUUGACGUCCCUGAAAGUGUUUGCGCUACAGAAGAAUCGAAUCGAAGAGCUGCCGCUCUGCCUGGCCGACAUGUCCUCGCUGCAGAUGAUCAAACUUACGGGCAACCCGAUCCGCUUUCCGCCACCAGAAGUGUUUCAGGUGCAGGCGAGCAGCCCUCCGAACGAGGGCUAUCUGAAGGACAACGAGGUUACCGAAGUUACGAUCACAUCUCACAUCCGACGAUUUCUGAGGCAGGCGGCGGCAAACGACCGGGCCGAGGCUGCUGGGCCUGUCGGGGCGACGCCUCUUGCCACCCUGGUCGGUGGGGGCUUAUUCUCUGGACAGCGAGCCGGGUCGAGCAUAGCAUCGGACUCGGCUGCCGAGGACUCGUCUGACACGCUUGAGGCGCCGCGCAUUAUGCCGGUGAAACGGGUGACGAGCGGCCGGUUUCCGAUAAAGGUCAACGGCACCGAGCUAGGCGACCUCCGAUCGCCGCCGCAGUCACGGCCACCACCGAUCCCCACACGGUCGCACUACCGCGGGCUCUCGCAGCAGAGCACGGCGGUUCGGCGACCCGGGGUGAUGCCGCUGACAAUCAGCAGCGCCAACGAGCGUAUGCGGAGCAACUCGGAGACGACGCUACUCCCGGCGCCGCGCAACGACCGGUCGGGCGACCGGUCUCGGCGGAUGGGCAUCGUGUCCAAGAAGGCGCACGAACUCAUGACGCUGGACGAGGACGAGGUGAGCAACGGGAAUGCCAACCGGUUCAGCCACUACCGGGGCCUCAGCCACGGGUCGGCCAUGCAGGGAGCGCCCAACGGGGGGACGGCGGUGGCGCCAGAAACAAAGAGCCCAGCCAGCCCUGUGUCGGACAUCUCGCUGCAGCGUCCGAUCUACGUGCGGCGGCUGUCAAUCCUGCCGGAAAGGCGGCGAGAAUCCCAGUUCUACGAUCCGGUGGUCGAGUCAGCCAAGGGCAUCCUCUACUCGGUCUUCCAGAUCCAUCCGACCAUCCAGAUGCUGCUAAGCCUAGCAAACGACGGUACAGCGCGGCACUCGAGCCUGGAGAUUGUGUUUUAUAACACGAACUCACACGUGGAGCAGCUUGAGCGGGAGAUCCAGCGCCACGACCUGGCGGAGGAGGACAGCGAAAUGGGCCGUCGCGAGAACGAGACGGUGCACCGGGCAUGCGUCACGCUGCUGAACGCGUACGACCACAUCUGCUCGCUGCUUAAGGCAAACGUGGACUUGUUCCUGGACAAUGGCGAUCCGCGAUACAUGCGCACGCUGCUGCUGCAGAUAUACCAUAGCAUCAUGGAAUUGCGGGUGGCGUCGACGAGCCCGCUGGCGCCGCGGACGAUGAACAAGGCGGUGUCGCACAGCAACGACAGCUCGACGGCAGGCCGGACACCGAUCAAGCAUGCGGCUGGGCUCGGUGAGACGGUGCGGCCGAUGCCUCCGAUGAUGGGGCCACUGCGAGACGGCUCGGUGAUGGUGACGCCGUCGGCCGAUCGGCCAGGAGCCGGGUUGCGCGAGCCGCGGGGGUUUGUGACACCAAACCUGGGAAACCUGCGGGUGACGACGGAAACGACGCCAGCAGGGCUGGCCGGGCUGACGAUCAACGGCAGCGGGCGAACGGCGACGAUCAUGGCGGUGACGCCACGAUCGGGCGAGUCAUUUACGUCAUCGAGCAGCCGGGGCGGGGGGGUGAUCACGUCCGAGUUCACAGAAGAGGACCGGAUGUUUGAGAAGAUCUUCUUGUCGCUGCAGAAGUCGACGGAUCUGGCGAUGCGGCUGCUGCCGGGUUUGAGCAGCCAGUACGCAGGAGCGCUGCGGGCGGCGACGGCACAGCGAGCGCGGGAGCAGACGACGCGGUGCUGGCGGGUUCUGCUGGCCAAGUGUGCGACAGCGAUCCAGCACACGGAGACGCUGAAGAGUCGGCUGUCGAGCGUGAAGCUGAAGGAGCCGGGGAUCCGGUCGCAGUGGGCGUACUGGUCGGUGUGCAGCAACUUCCUGGAGGCGUGGCUGGACUUUGCUGGAGCGGUGCGCGAGUCACACAAGACGAUCCAGCUGCCGGCCGACACGAGGCCACGGAUGCGACCGCUAUAUCAGUGCGUCAAGGACACGAUCGUGCUGAUCAUGCGGUCACCCUGGGCAUACGCGCUCCGUCAACAGCAGCAGCAGCAGGGACAGCCGGGGAAGCCGGGACAGCAUCCGGGAUUACAGCAGCAGCAGCAGCAUCAGCAGCAGCAGCAACAACAACAACAACAGCAGCAUCAGCAGCAGCACCAUCACCCGGGACAGUGGCAGAGCCAAGGACACGGCCAUGGUCACGGGCAGGGCCAAGGUCCCGGCCAACAUAUGAAUGUCAACGGCAAUUCGGCCAGCUCUGUGAGCUCUCUUAGCAUGGGCAGCAUGGGCAGCAUCGAUGGCGGACAUCUGACGCAACUGCCGAUGACGCCACAGAGCGCAGCGCUGGGGCCAGCGGUGCAGGCGACAGUGCCGUCGACACCGCAGAGCGCGUCGUUUUCUCACGUCUUCUCAGGAAACGUGUUUGAGCGGGCGGACGCACUCAUCAACACGGGUGGCCUCUCAAUGGUGCGAGGCGGGCCCGGGUCUGCAUACGGCUCGCUGUCGGGCACGGCCAGCUUCAGCUCGUUUGGCAACACGAGCACGAGCAACAGCAACAGCAGCCUGCUCUCGUCACAGGCCGAAGGUUCCAUGACCCCGUCGUCGAUGCUGAGUUCGGGGCCGUUGGGGCAGCUGCCCUUACGGCUGGGCAACGGCAGCAAGAUUGCGUUUUGA